GUUCAUAAAUGUAACUACUGAUAGAUUGUAUAUUCAUUUGGUUGAUUAGUCUUUGAGUAAUUAAAAGAUAUUGAUAGUGGUAUAAUAAUAUACCAGGCGAGGAGUGUACUGCCCUCUGGCGUUUAGUUAUAGUUUCUAGUCGGACUCAUUUCAGUGACGGACCUGUUAGAGCAAUAGCGCAGAAAUCAGUCACGAGUUUGCUUCAUUACACAGCUUGGUCAAAUAUGUGUCUCAUAAAUAAAGACCUUCCUCAUCAAUGGCUAUGGUGUGGUCAAAGAUCUCUGCUGUUUUGCCUCUUAAUGAGGAACAGUUUCCACUGGAGUUCAGUGACAAAGUGGAGUCAAGUGUGGUGGAAAUGCUGAAGAGGUCCAGGCAACAGCUGUACAGCGACAGUACGAGUACCAGCCGAAUGCUUAAUGCUCAGAUCAUUUUGGAUUUUUCAUGGGAGAAACUCAACACAGGAACAUGGCGCCACGUGGACAAAGAAUGGAGACGUGUUUAUUCUUACGGCUGCCUGUUCAAAGUGGCCGCUCUGUGUCGUGAAGAUCCGUCAGCAGACGAGGUCCUGCAGGCUGUAAGAACUUGUGACAUGGGUUUACUCAUGGGUGCAGCCAUCAUGGAUAAUAUACUUCAGGUUAUUGUUCGGAUUCUGCAGGGUGAAGUCAGGAAAUCCACUAAAGAAGAAGAUGAACAUGCUGAGGUCAAGAGAAUAAAGAUCGAGUGCCCACAUGUUCCUGUGAUCAAAGAAGAGUUGGCAGUUCCCAGGAUAAAGUGUCCUUCACUGGAGAGCUUCAACACAAACUACCUGCUCCCCCUCAAACCACUGAUUUUAGAAGGGAUCAUUGACCACUGGCCCGCCCUCAACGAACACCCCUGGAGCAUAGAAUACUUGAGAUCUGUUGCUGGUUGUCGGACUGUUCCUGUUGAGGUGGGAUCCCGGUACACAGACGAGGAAUGGUCACAAACACUGCUUACAGUCAAUGAAUUCAUUGAUCAAUACAUUUUAAAUAAAGAUGGAGUGAAAGGUUUGGGUUAUCUCGCUCAGCACCAGCUUUUUGACCAGAUACCAGAGCUGAAGGAAGACAUCCGCCUCCCUGAUUAUUGCUGCCUUGGUGAAGGAGACGAAGACAAUAUUACUGUAAAUGCGUGGUUUGGUCCCGGAGGUACAGUGUCUCCUCUUCACCAAGACCCUCAGCAGAACUUCCUGGCUCAGGUGGUCGGAAGCAAAUACAUUCGCGUAUACUCCCCAGAGGACACAGACAAGCUGUACCCUCAUCAAUCACAGCUUCUUCACAAUACUAGUCAGGUGGAGGUGGAGAAUCCAGACACAGAGCGGUUCCCAGAGUUUGCCAAGGCUCCAUAUCUUGAAUGUGUGUUACAGCCUGGAGACGUGCUGUUCAUCCCUGUCCGACACUGGCAUUAUGUCCGAUCCUUAGAACUUAGUUUCUCUGUCAGCUUCUGGUGGUCAUGAAUGCAGAUCCAUAAUAAAAAUGUUUUUUGUCAAA